UUUAAAAAAACGAAAAUCAUUUUGUUCGAGUAACUUCCGAUACACGUAAGAUUGCUUAUCAAUCUACGCGUUAAAUAAUUAAAAACAUUUGUAUAAACCUGAACUUGUUGAAAAAUUUAAUAUCUGAUAAAGUCAAGUUAGAGGUUAAGAUAACUGUCAAAAUCUGGCAAACGAUGAGUAAUGUAAAACGGUGCUUCGAUUUGUUGAAAGAGAAUGAUGAAAAAGUUUACACUGAAGUACGGGACGUAUUGUCGAGGUUGUGCAGAAACGUGAUGAAAAAUCCGAACGAAAUUAAAUACCGCAAGGUUCGCUUGAGCAACCCGAUCGUUGCUGAUAAAAUUUUACCGGCCGUUGGAGCGAUGGAGUGUCUCUUCGAAAUUGGAUUUGUCGAGCGAGACGAUCACCUUCUGUUACCUGAAACCACCUCCCUGACGAAUCUACAAGAACUGCAACACCUACUCUCAGACCCAGGCCAAACAAAAGAAGCAGAAACUAAACCGCCUGCCCAGAAAUCGUGUGCAGCAAGUCAUCCGACUAGUCCCGUUCUCGCUGUCACAUCAAGUUCCAACAUUCAGACUAAUGUCACACCCACAGUACAAGAGGAAAAAUUUUUCCAGCAGAUACGAGCACAUUUUCAGGAUGUAUUAAAAUACGAAAAUACUGAGCUACAAAACAGAGCAAGAGCGAUCAUACCUCUGACGGAAUUGCAAAUAAACGCUAUGGAGAAAAUGAGAUUAAUUCAAAGAGAAGUAAAGUCAAACAGAGACGAUAAACAAGUGGAAGAUAUUUCCAUAGAGGAUUUGGUUUUUGUCGAAGUAUUAGGAUGGUUUAAAGAAAAAUUUUUCAAGUGGGUCGACAGUCCAGAAUGUAACAAAUGCCCGGGAAAAUGUUCCUUCCAAAGAGUGAUACCUGCCAGAGGACCAGGUGUAUCAAGAAUAGAGAUUCACAGAUGUACAACGUGCGCCAACACCGUUGAAUUUCCUCGCUACUCAGAUCCAGCUUUGCUGUUACGUACUAGAGAAGGACGCUGCGGUGAAUGGGCAAAUGCAUUUGCAUUGAUUUGCCGCUCACUUAACUACGACACCCGUUUAGUGUGGGAUUACACGGAUCAUGUCUGGGUGGAGGUGUGGUCUGUAGCUGCGAACAGAUGGAUACAUGCCGAUCCAUGCGAAAACGUAUUGGAUCGACCAUUGAUGUACGAAAAAGGUUGGGGGAAAAAGUUGAGCUAUAUUUUAGCUUUUUCAAAGGAUGAAAUGCAGGAUGUGACCUGGAGAUACACUUCCGACCAAAAGGCUGUUCUGAAACGUAGAAAACUGUGCUCCGAAUCAAAUCUUUUGUCAAUUAUGACAUCGUUAUCGGAAAACCGGCGUCGUACGAGCUGUUCCAUUCCACGCCAAAAAUAUCUCAUACGUCGAUCUCUUAUGGAACUAGUAGAACUGAUAAUUUACCACGUUGGUAGCAGUAGAAAAGACGAAAGUGAUAAAGACUAUCACGGAAGAACCUCCGGAUCGUUAGCGUGGAGACUGUCUCGCCAGGAGGCAAAAAUUGAUUCAAAUCCAUCCCAUGUAUGGCGUAUACCUCCAGAUGUGGAAUCGAUAAAACUUAGUUAUACAGCAUCAAGUGAUAAUUAUGUCUUGGUUGACACGAGUGGAAAAGUGUUGGAGAAAAUUGAGGGCUGGGCAAAAGGUGUUUACGAAGUGAAUGGAGGAAUUUUUCGCAAAGUCGAAAACGAUUGGAAAAUGGUAUAUCUGGCCCGCAGUCCAGAAAAUGAAAGCGGGAAUGUAAGCUGGAACUUUGAAAUAUCUGACUCUAAAUUAGAAAUUUCCAACGUCAGUUUGCGAGCUAUCGCUGCUGUUUUUCACGGUGCAAGCAUUGAGUGGAAAAUUCUAGGAUUUUACAGAAAUGGCCAAACAAAAGUGGUCCGUAUCAAUGAUUCAAAAGAAUUUGAAACAGAGCAACUUAAAGGGACUUUUAAAAUCAGCUUAUCAGCCACACUUAGUGGAGGCGAUAAGGACCUAGCCUGGCAACAUGCCCAAUUAUUCCGCCAGAGCCUAGAUUCCAAAGAUCAUUCCAUAGAAAUUUGUAUCAAUAUAGUUGAAGUCAUCUAACACACACUUUUAAAAUCAAUCGAUUGGUUGAUGGUCAUAAAAUUAACAGACAAUUUAUUGUAUAUACAUUAUUACAGACAUUUAUUAUUAUAUACUUCAUAUCACAUGUACCACUCACUUAAAUCAAACGGUGAAAUUCAUUUCUUAUGGUAUAAAAAGAAAACAAAAGGCGAUUAUUAAUACAUAUUAUAAUACAUGAUUUAUGUGGGAA